AUGCGCCGUUUUCUGGUAUGGCCAGCAGGAAUGAUAUGGCCUACUGUUGUUGUUGAUUGUGCCGUAUUUCGCACGUUACAUGAAGAUAAAACAGAUGAAGAAGAGUCACUUGCUACAACAUGGAAACUUGGACGACUUAAGUUUUUUUUUAUUGUAUUGGUUAUUGAAUUUAUUUAUACUUGGUUACCCACUUACUUUAUGCCUAUAUUAACAUUUUUUUCAGUAUUAUGCUUUAUCAAUCAAAAUAAUCUCAAGUUUGGUCAGUUAACUGGUAUGCAAGGAAUGAGUAUAGGCGCAUUACGAUUGGAUUGGAACGCGCUUACAUUCGUUUUUCCAUCACCAAUUUUUUAUCCGACAUGGGCUCUAUGUAAUAUAUUUGUCGGUUUUGUAGUCAUAUUUUGGAUGAUAGUUCCUAUUUUAUAUUAUACAAACUCAUGGAAUGCAAAAGUAUUACCUAUAUUUUCACAAGAUGUAUUUACUGUAAAUGGUAGUUUAUUUGUUUAUAAAGCAAUUUUAAAUAAAAUGUCUUAUUUAAAUCAAACAGCCUAUGAAGUAUAUGGUCCUAUUCGUGUAACACCGAUACUCUUUGUCAAUUUUUGUAUUUGUUUUACUGCUAUAACAUCACUUAUUAUACAUACAGUAUUAUAUCAUGGUAAAUAUAUAAAAGAACAAUUUUUUAUGUCAUUGGAUGAAGCAGUAAAUGAUGUUCACGGAAAAUUAAUGUCAAAAUUUAAGGAAGUACCAGAGUAUUGGUAUUCAAUAUUAUUGAUUAUAUGCGUGUUUGGUUCAGUAAUUGUUUGUCAUUUUGGUCAAUUAAUGCCAUGGUAUAAUUUACUUUUACUUUUAAUAAUUAAUUUUUUAUUUCUAUUACCAAGUGGUAUUAUAAAAUCAAUAACAGCACAAGAUACUGAUAUAGGAUUAUUAUUAUCAUUUAUUGGUAGUUUUCUUAUGAAAAGUGAUUCAAUUGGUAAUAUGACAUUUAGAACAUAUGGUUAUACUAUGCAACGCCGUUCAUUAGUAUUUUUAUCAUGUUUAAAACUUGGUCAUUAUAUGAAAAUUCCACCACGUCCAAUGUUUUUAUUAUUAAUAUUAAGUUCAAUAGUUGGUUGUAUAGCUAGUUAUUUGACAUCAUAUAUUAUGUUAAAAAAUAUUAAUGAUCUUUGUUUUACAUUUACUUGGUAUUGUACAAAUGCUCGAUUUCUCUCAGAUGUAUCUGAUUUAUGGGGCAUAAUUGGUGCAACUAAUAUACUUAAAACUUAUCCAUUUAUAGAAUAUUUUUUUCUUAUUGGUGCUUUAAUUCCUAUUCCACCUUGGCUAUUAAGUAAAAAAUAUCCAAAUAUUAAUUGGCUAAAAUAUGUACAUUUUCCAGUUAUGUUAGCAACAUUAACACAAAUUCCACCUUCACGUCCUGGUACUAUUCCAUCAUGGUUAUUAAUCGGUUUUCUAUUCAAUUUUCUAUUCUAUAAAUAUGCAAAUAAUUGGUGGCACAAAUAUGCAUAUAUAUUUUCGGCAGCAAUGAGUGCGGGUGUUGGUAUGGCCCUUAUUAUUAUUGCAUUCAUUCCAGCAUUUUCUCAUUAUUGGUGGGGAAAUCCUAAAGAAGCAAUUAAUAUUGAUGGCUGUCCAUACUCAACACUACCGUAUACUAAACAAAGUGGAUAA